UGGUGUCGGCGAUCAUCGAGAGAAAAUGGAUGACGGCGAGGGAGGUCUGAGUUUCGACUUCGAAGGCGGCCUAGACGCAGCACCCACCCAACCCACCGCAUCCGUCCCCGUAAUCCACCAAUCCACUGACAAUGGACCAUCGGCUUCUGCCGCUAACCUCAGCUACUCCACUCCCCCUCCGUCGGCUGUCACCGACCCUGCUUCUGCUGCCGCCGCCAACGCCAACUUCCCGGGAAGGAGGAGUUACCGUCAAACCGUAUGCCGCCACUGGCUCCGGAGCCUGUGUAUGAAAGGAGAGGCCUGCGGGUUUCUUCAUCAAUACGACAAAUCACGAAUGCCUAUUUGUCGAUUCUUCCGAUUGUAUGGAGAGUGCCGCGAACAGGACUGUGUUUAUAAGCACACCAACGAAGAUAUCAAGGAGUGUAACAUGUACAAGUUGGGAUUUUGUCCAAAUGGUCCUGAUUGUCGAUAUAGACAUGCAAAGCUACCAGGACCUCCUCCUUCAGUGGAAGAAGUACUCCAAAAGAUUCAGCAGCUAACAUCCUACAACUAUGGCAAUUCUAAUAGGUUUUUCCAAAACCGAAAUGCUAACCAAUCACAGCAAUCUGAAAAGUUUCAAUUUCCACAAGGUAACAAUGAUACAAAUCAAAUUAAUAAACCUGCUACAACAGAUGCAAAUUCAUUGCAGCCUGUGCCUCCUUCUUCACCACAUCAGCAGCAGCAGCAACAGGUUGCACAGUCACAGCAACAGGUUAGCCAAUUAGGUCAAUCCCAAGCACAGUCAAAUGGUCAACAAGUUCAAGCAAAUAAAACUUGCAUACCCUUGCCUCAAGGAACAUCAAGGUAUUUUAUUGUAAAAAGUUGCAAUCGUGAAAAUCUUGAGCUAUCAGUUCAACAAGGAGUGUGGGCCACCCAAAGAAGCAAUGAAGCUAAACUAAACGAAGCUUUUGAUUCUGUGGAAAAUGUUAUUCUAAUAUUUUCUGUCAACAGGACACGACAUUUUCAGGGGUGUGCAAGGAUGACUUCCAAAACUGGUGGCUCUGUUGGUGGAGGCAACUGGAAAUAUGAACAUGGGACUGCACAUUAUGGACGCAAUUUCUGUGUCAGAUGGCUCAAGCUAUGUGAGUUGUCCUUCCACAAAACUCGACACCUCAGGAAUCCUUACAAUGAGAACUUACCAGUGAAGAUAAGCAGAGAUUGUCAAGAGCUAGAGCCAUCAAUUGGUGAACAAUUGGCUUCACUUUUAUAUCUUGAACCAGAUAGCGAACUCAUGGCAAUAUCAGUUGCUGCAGAAUCAAAACGGGAAGAGGAGAAAGCAAAAGGAUAUAAUCCCGAAAAUGCCACUGAAAAUCCGGAUAUUGUCCCAUUUGAGGACAAUGAAGAGGAGGAAGAAGAGGAAGAGGAAGAAAGUGAGGAAGAAGAUGAAGGUUUUGAUCAGGGUGGUUUUAUGGUGGGACAAGGCGGCAGAGGAGGAGGAGGAAGGGGCGGCAGAGGGAUGUUAUGGCCGCCACCUCAUAUGCCCUUAGGAAGAGGGCCCCGCCCUAUGCCUGGAAUGAGAGGCUUCCCUCCUCUCAUGAUGGGGGCUGAUGGGUUUUCUUAUGGGCCCGAUGGGUUUCCUAUACCUGAUCUUUUAAACAUGGGCCCUCGUGGGUUUGGCCCAUUUGGGCCUAGAUUUUCCGGUGACUUUCAAAGGCCACCAUUUCCUGGUAUGAUGUUCCCCGGCCGGCCUGGGCCCCACCAAGGGAACUUUCCCGGGGGUGGGUUUGGGAUGAUGAUGGGGCCCGGGCCAGGACCUGGGCGUGGUGGCCCGUUUAUGGGUUUAGGUGGAAGAGGUGGCCGACCGGGUUUUCCACAGCAGCAGCAGCUUCCACCUUCUCAUAAUCGGGCUAAGAGGGAUCAGGCGGCUGGUGGUGGUGCCGCCCAGGGUAUGGGCCAAGACGAUGAGGCUCAAGUUGGUGGUGAAAGUACGUUUAAAAAUGGUGAAAGUGAAAGUGAAGAUGAGGCACCGAGGAGAUCUCGACAUGGUGAAGGGAAGAAGAAGAGGCGGAGCUCUGAGGGUGAUGCCGCCACAAACUCCGGUGACGGAAGUUAGGUAAUGGCCGGAAAUGUCCACUUGAUUACUGUUGGUUUAGUUUGUCAUUAGAGAUUGGAUAUUUAUAGGUGUUUAGUUUAUAAAAGGCAAUGUAUAUUAGCUUUAUGUAUGCGAACACAGGAGGAACACCCUGAGAAUUCAUAUGUAUGCAAAAACAUCAUGUAACUUUGUCCGGUCAAAUUUAGAACGGUUUUUGAUUAAA